CGGCAGAGCGGCUGGGAAAAGCCGCGGGGGGAACGGCUGCGGCCGAGCCCCCGGGGGGGAGGCAGCGCGGAGCGGCCCCACGGAAAGGAGAACGGGGGAGAAAAGAGGGGGGGACGGCGACGGGGAGGGGCGAGCCCGGGCACCGCAGCCCCCCGGCGGGCAAAAGCGUCCCCGUCCCCGACGGCGGGGAAGGCUUUGCGGUGGUGCUGGUGAUGGAGGGGGGCCGGGGCUGAGCCGCCCCCCCUCGGAAGGCAGCGCCAUGUGAGCGGCAGCCGCCGUCCGGGAUGUGAGGAGCCGCCCGGCCCCGCUGCAUCGCCCCGGGAGCCUCCCUCCUUCCCUCCGUCCCUCCCCCCCGAGGGCCUCCGCGGCGGAGGCUGAGCGGCGGGCAGCAUGACCGAGGUGAAGGCCAAGGAGCCCGGAGCGCCUUCGUCCGCCCGAGACGGGGCGGUCCUGCUGCAGGGCCACCCCGGCCGCGGGGAAGCGGAGGCCAUCGACAUCGCCCUGGACGGGCUGCUCUACCCCAGAAGCAGCGACGAGGAGGACGACGACGACGAGGAGGAGGAGGAAGAGGAGGAGGAAGAGCGGCGGCGGCAGCAACGGCAGCCGGGGGAGGAGGACCGGGACUCCCUCUCGUACCGGCCGGGGAGCGGCUCCCUCCCUGAUAAGGACGCCCUGGACAGCGUCCUGGACACCUUCCUGGCCCCCGCGGCUCAUGCCUGGUCCUUCUUGGGGCCGGAGGUCCCGGAGGCUCCUGGCGCCCCCAUGAGCCGCGGCCCGGAGCCGAAAUCGGCCGAAAGCGCUGCGGCGGCUCCGGCUGCCAGCCCCCCGCAGGCCCCUCCGCGGCUCUGGCCGGGGGGGGACGCCCUGACGGCCGCCCUGAAACCGCCCCCGGGCACCGAGGGUCCCGCCGCGACCCCCCGGGGCAAAGUCCCCGGGCUGGGGGCCCUGCCCUCCCAGGAGCGCCCCUUCCCCGCCGGCAGCCGCCGGCCGGAGCAGGGCUCGGGCUCCGGGGGGAGCCUGGCCUCGGCCCCGGCGGCCUCCCCGACGGCUGCGGAGCAAGAACCGGGAGCGGCACCAGGAGCGUGCCCGGGGCAGGACUACCUGCAUGUGCCCAUCCUGCCGCUCAACUCUGCCUACCUGGCCUCCCGCACCAGGCAGCUGUUGGACGUGGAGGCUGCGUACGAGGGCAGCGCCUUCGGGCCACGCACCUCGCCCUCCGCCCCCGCCCCGGAUUUCGCGGAUUACGGCUACACGCCGGCCGACGGCAAGGAGGGACCCUUCGCCUACGGCGACCUCCAGCCUGCCCUGAAGAUCAAGGAGGAGGCCGUCGGGCUGCCCGCCCCGUACCUGGGAGGCAAGGCAGCCUCCGCCGACUACCCGCAGCCCCCCCGGGCCGCCCAGGAACCCUCGCUGGAGUGCGUCCUCUACAAGACCGAGGCCUCCUCCCUGCUGCCCGCAGCCUACGGGCCGCCGGCGCCGCCCGACAGCCUCCCCUCCACCUCGGCCUCCGCCGCGCAGCCGGGCCUCUACCCACCGCUGAGCCUCAACGGGCACCAACCCCUGGGCUUCCCGGCGGCCGUGCUGAAGGAGGGCUUGCCCCAGCUCUGCCCGCCCUACCUCGGCUACGUGCGGCCAGAUACAGAAUCCAGCCAAAGUUCUCAAUACAGUUUUGAAUCUCUACCCCAGAAGAUUUGUCUCAUCUGCGGUGAUGAGGCUUCUGGUUGCCACUAUGGAGUACUUACCUGUGGAAGUUGUAAAGUCUUCUUUAAAAGGGCAAUGGAAGGGCAGCACAAUUAUUUAUGUGCGGGAAGAAAUGACUGCAUAGUUGAUAAAAUUCGUAGGAAGAAUUGUCCAGCAUGUCGCUUGAGGAAGUGCUGUCAAGCCGGUAUGGUCCUGGGAGGUCGAAAAUUUAAAAAGUUUAACAAAGUUAAGGUUGUGAGAACAUUAGAUGUCGCUCUCCAGCAGCCAGCAACCCUUCAAGACGAAAGCCAAUCUCUCACCCAAAGGCUGUCCUUUUCUCCAAAUCAAGAAAUACAGUUUGUUCCCCCAAUGAUAAGUGUUUUACGAGGCAUUGAGCCAGAAGUUGUCUAUGCUGGUUAUGACAAUACAAAACCUGAAACACCAAGUUCCUUGCUGACCAGUCUCAAUCAUCUUUGUGAAAGGCAACUUCUUUGUGUAGUCAAGUGGUCAAAAUUGCUACCAGGAUUUCGGAAUUUACAUAUUGAUGACCAGAUAACUCUCAUCCAGUAUUCCUGGAUGAGUCUAAUGGUUUUUGCAAUGGGAUGGAGAUCAUACAAACAUGUCAGUGGUCAGAUGUUAUAUUUUGCACCAGAUUUGAUUCUAAAUGAACAGAGGAUGAAAGAAUCAUCAUUCUAUUCACUGUGCCUAUCCAUGUGGCAACUCCCACAGGAAUUUGUCAGACUUCAAGUUAGCCAAGAAGAGUUCCUAUGUAUGAAAGCUCUGUUACUUCUCAAUACAAUUCCUUUGGAAGGUCUAAGAAGUCAAAGCCAAUUUGAUGAGAUGAGAACAAGUUACAUUAGAGAACUGGUGAAGGCAAUUGGUUUGCGCCAGAAAGGCGUUGUGGCCAACUCCCAACGUUUCUAUCAACUUACAAAACUGAUGGAUUCCAUGCAUGAUCUAGUGAAACAGCUCCAUCUCUUCUGUCUGAACACAUUUCUCCAGUCCCGUGCACUGAGUGUUGAAUUCCCUGAGAUGAUGUCAGAGGUGAUUGCUGCCCAGCUACCCAAGAUUCUAGCAGGGAUGGUGAAACCUCUUCUCUUUCACAAAAAGUGAAACAUCUUUUCUCUUAUCAUAGAGAUGAUUUCUGGGUCAUUUUUUGUUUGUUUAUUUUGAUCAAGAUUUUGCAAUGUCAGGACUUCAGUGUAUUUUUCAUACCCUGCCUACUGCUUUAUACUUGUACCAUACACAAGCCAUUUAAGCUUGAUGUACAUAUUGUGAGUUCCUGAUUCCGUAACUGCACAAAUCACAACUGUCAUAAGAAAUGUUUUGUAAACUUGGGUAGAUUGCUCUUUAGAUAUGCAUAAGAAUGACAAUGAAUAGAGUUUUCAGAUUUCUAACAACAGUUAUCUUAUACAUUUUCUUACAUAUUACACACUUUCAAAUUUCUGAUAUGACAUGGUGUAAACUUUUUACUUCAAUACAUUGUGUGCAUGGGUACAUGUGGGCAUGUGCGUAAUCCUAAAGAUUUUAAAGGAAUUAAAAUGUUUAUUACCUGCAUUUUCUCACAGAUAUUUCACUUUUUAUUUACUAAUCCACCUCACAGAAAUAUCCUUUCAAAGCUGGCUGUCCAAGAUUAAGUAGACAUAACUGCAGUACAUUCAUGAGUAACUGAAGUGCAAGCCAUUGAGUAUGGAUUCAUAUUCUUGUUUGUGCUCUUGCUGUAUUGAAAUUCUGAGAUCAGCAUGCUGUUUUCUGCAUCAUUCAGUGCAGUUCUUCAAAAAGCAGAAAGCAUAGGAAAAUUUCAGUGUAUAUUACACCAGAAAUAAUGUGUAUGCAAACCCACUCAGCUUUGGUUUGUGUUAUUUUUCCUUAAAAGUUUGGCACUUAUUAAAGCUAAAUCACUUAGUUGUAAUCUUAAAUUUGUCAACUUUAAAAUUGUGUAUUUCAGAAACUUGAAAUAGAAAUGUUUUCACUCACUACAACUCUUAAUAACCUGAAUGUUUUGAAUUCCAGUGUUGAAUACUCAAACAAGCAUUACCAGCAAAUUAUAGAGAGAUUAAAUGCAAAAAGAAAAAAGGAAAAUAUGACUACAAACAUUUUGAUACACAUCAGGCUCAUUUUAAUAUCAUUAAAUGAAGCUACAUAUUUUAUACUUUAAAGGCAUGCUGUUAUAAUUGGGGUAACGUUAAGAGCUGUUGGGCUAAAUUAGCUUUAUACAUUUUAUACAUUCAAGAAGAAUGUCAUGUUUUAUCAUGGAAAAGAAAUAUUUGACUAAAAAUGAUAAUGUGCGUUUUUUUCUUUGAUAGGGAUAUGAAACAACUCAUGCAUUUGAGGCAGUAAAUUCUUGAUAUAUUGACACAGAAACACAGAAUAGUUUGGUUUGGAAAGGACCUUAAAGAUCAUAUAAUUCCAACCCCCUGCCAUGGGCAGGGACACCUCCCACCAGAUCAGGUUGAUCAAAGCGCUGUCCUCUCUGGCCUUGAACACUUCCAGGUAUGGGGCAUACACAUCUUCUCUGGGCAACCUGUGCCAGGGCCUCACCGCCCUCUGAGUGAAGAACUUCUUUCUAAUGUCUAAUCUAAAUCUACCCUCUUUCAGUUGAAAACCAUUAUCACUGCACUUUUUGAUGAAGAAUCCCUUCCCAGCUUUCCUGUAGGCCCUUUUUAGGUACCGGAAAGCUGCUAUAAUGUCUCCCUGGAGCCUUCUCUUCUCCAGGCUGAACAGCCCCAGCUCCCUCAGCCUGUCUUCAUAGGGGAGGUGCUCCAGCCAAAAAUAUGGCAAUUUUUUUCCAGUCACUAAAAACAAUACCCAACUUCUCUAGCAAUGUAGGAGAAUCAAGUCUUACUUUAGUACUUGCUGGCCAUAUCUACUGCUCUUCCCCUGCUAGAUGCUGGAUGCAUCCAUUGUGUGGGUAGCAUACUACUGAUAGUGUGUAACUUGGUAUGUAUGGACAGAUUUUUGUCAGGCAAGCAAAGGUCCAUCAGGAAAAAGCUACAUUACAAAUAGGAAUAAUAAUAAUAAUAAUAAUAAUAAAAAGUGGAGCUAGGGCAAAGAAGUGGCCCCAGGUAAAAUGGUCUAAUCAGACUUUUGUGUUAGUUUACUAGGUUCAUAAUUUCUAACUGCCCAGAGACAAGCUAUUUUUUCUUAUUCAAUACAGUCUGACUUUUAACUGUGAUCCUUAAAGCAAUUAUGUUUUAAUAAAUAACACAAAAUUUUAUUUCUACAUA